CGGACCCUUUUAGUCCUAACCAAGAAAUAAAUUAGAUUCUUUCUGUUAAUUCAAAUCAGUGAACUCAGAUAAGUGCAACAAGUCCAACCUGCUUUCUGUGAAGUGUGAGGUAUUGUUGGUUGCAAUCACAAUAUGAUAUAAAUAUUUAAUGAUUGUUUAUCUCCAAAGGAGAAACAUAUAAAGGGUUUUCUUUGGAAAAGCAGGUUCUUACGAUGUUAGCCACGUGGAGAUGGGUUAUCUUCCUGUGCGCAUUGAUCAUGGGGCACCACGUGAUCAACGCGAGUCAGUUGUACCAGCAACAAGUGAACUUCGCAAGAGCUCUGCGUGAACGCGAAGCCAGAGAGACUCGUGAGCAGUCAGCCAACCACCUAUCCAGACGAUCGUUUGUAGCAUCGCACAGAAAUUCCACGUCUGGCAUUGCACGACACGUGCAGGCACAGAAACGGUUUAUUUUCACUCUGAUAUUUAUCGUCUCUGUCGUCACCGCUGUCGCCGCCACAACAGUCGAGACGAUCUAUGACCUUGCUGGUUGCUGUGGACUGCAUUACAAAUCGUUGUGUAAUUUUGAGGAAAAGUUUAAUACCCAAAAAAGGGAAAUUGAAACGAGAGCUAAAAAUCUUGAUGAUAGAAUAGAAAAAGCCAUCAAGACAAGAGAUAACAUUGAUGAGUUUUACAACGCGCUGCAGCGUUCCGGCGAGGAGGUGGAGCGAAUUGUUUCACUGCAAGAAGAGAUCCUGGAAGCAAUGGACCCAAGGCUCCGAAUGGGGAUGACCAAAAAGAUCAGACUUCUUGAGGAACAAGCCGAGAAGGCUACCAAUGGCAUCGAGGAAAUGACUCUGAAUAACGUGGAAAACAACGUGGACGCGACGCAGAGGACCUUAAAGCUCGUCAUGUCAUGGACAGCUGGUGUAGGAGUAUUGGGACUAGAACUCAUCACGACAAAAGCGUACAAGGCUUACAAGAUAGGAAAGAUCUACAAAGUGUUGAAGGCAAAGCAUGCAGCGAAGUUGUUCCAGGCGACCAAAGCACAGAAGCUUCUUGGUUUCACUAGCGAUGGAGCAAAAACAUUCCUCAAAGCAACAGCAGUGUCGCGUUUCGGUGCCAAAAGUGCUAAGAUGCUUAAAUUCGCCAAAUUCUUUAAGGUUGGAGGUGCUGUCCUUUCAGCUAUAGGAAUAGUGUUUGAUAUCUACAACAUCGUUAAUACGUUCGUCCAGUGCGAUAGAAAGUCCGACGAGGCCGCGCAAUCGCUUAGAGACUUUGAGAAGGCUCGAAGGGAUCUGACGAAAACAGAGAAUGACUUAAAGGAGUUUACGCAGACUCUGCGAGCCGCGUUUCUGCAGCAAGUCCAGCCAGACGCUCACAACCAACUCUUACAUAACGCCCUCAACGGGGUCAAAAACAUCAUUUCUGGUAUGGACCAGACCGUUACGAGGACCUGGGAUUACAAAGCCUGCCAGAAUAAGAUCCCAAGUUUGGUCAAUAAUCUUGGGGAUUUGUCCUCGUUAGAGCAGCUUCCUAGCCUUACAGCACAAAUUACCGACGUGACAGAUAGUUGUAUGAAGACGCUGCAGUUCAUGAUGGCCUGUUACCUCGGCAAAAUGAAGAUGAUCACAGAGGUAAUCAACGGAUGCAGAGAGGGGGCAGACACUUUUGAAAACCUCUACAAAGCCACAUUACUUCCAUAUUCAAGUUUCAUGUGUGUCGAUAACAACGGCCGGCCAUACGCUACUAAAGAUGAUGUGAAGGAAUCCCUGAAAAGAGCGGCAGCGGACGAAGGCUUUGACCUGGAGUGUCGAGCGAACAGCGCCACCGUCCGGGCAACAGUGUGUCUAAACAAGGACAUGGGCAAGACUGCAGCGCAGAUAUCGGUCAUGAGCUCAGUGAACCUGUCGUCUGGUGCAGUGACGAGGAUCAUGAACAAGUGUCCAGCCCAGGGCACUGAUACAGUCGUCCUGUCGCCGAAACAGGUGAAGGAAAUUUGCGAUUACAAGCGAAUGGAGCUGCCAAUGGAAGACAUUCUCAUGCUUGUUGAAGCGGGAAUUGACGAGGCCACAGUCGAAAAUCUGGAAUGCCCAGGAAUGGAAUAGAGGGAGGUUUUAGUCUAAGAGACAGACCUUCUGAAGUAGAACAAUGAAGUAGAUAACAUAGUAAAAUUAUGUGAACUCAUUGACUUGUUAGGGGAAAUGUUCUCGAUUAUGGUAUGUACGAGACAACGGAAAGAGAGAGCCGAGAAUGCACAAUGGAAAAAAAUAUUAUAAAACAUCACUAGUUAUAUGGAACCAUUGAAAAAUGUAAAACAGAAUAAUUGACUUGAAUAAAACAGACUUGAUUUGUCA